AUGGCACACCUUGAGCUUGAAAAAUACCUAACUGAGACAGAUAUAGAGGGAAGGCUGGCGGUUCCUGCUGAAUGGCUCGAAAUAUUAUUGCCUUCAUUCGGAAAGGGAAGCUUUGAGGUUCAGUUGGAGGCCAAAGAUGGGGUAGGGUUUUACUGGCAAUUCUGCUGCGCCAUUCGCAAGGAAGGUUACCCAAAGCCUGUUCUUCAAUCCGCGGGUUGGCUCAAGUUUGUCAAUGCCAAAGACCUCCAAGUUGGGGACAAGGUUGUUCUCGACACGAAGGCUGACGAUUUCAGAGGAACCAAGAUCAGAAUCCGAGCACAAAAGGACCUCAACAGAAAUGGCCACUGGGUUGAUGUUUAG